UGUCAACACAAGAAAGGUAAACAACAGACCGCAGUACGUCAGAGACCAUUUGUUAUCGUUUUUACACCAUCCAGAAGUAGAAACACGUAGAAUGCUGAAAAGCGGAAAGAAAAAUGUUCCCCUCGAUCGUGGUUGUGUCUAAUUUUCAGUAGUAGUGAACGAUCUCCCCGCAUACCUUCUCCGGCCUUUAGUGUAUUCUUCUAGCUCAUCCACCUAACAGCCCCCCCGACCAGCAGAGAGUGUUGUUGUAGGUGAUUGGUGGCCAAAGCGAUAGGAAAGAAGUUUUGCUCCUGGUUGGGACAGGAACGGAAAUGAUAACAACAAAAUACUUGUUUCUGCUCAUAUUGAUUACUGUGGGUUUUGCGUUCAUCCUGCUGUACAACUGGUUCUCGACGAAGGUCAUCCUUGCCGAUAAGCAGCUAACGAUUCAUCUCGCUGAGGGUAACAAUGAGCAACUGAUACACAGCAACGUCAAUCAUUGGCAGACGGCCACGGCCAAGGUGGAUGACAUCACGACGUACCGAAACUACGAUGAAAAGUUUGUGAUAAUUUACAACCGGGUACCGAAGACGGGCAGCACCAGCUUCGUCAACCUUACGUACGAUCUGUGCAAGAAGAAUGCAUUCCACGUACUGCACAUUAACAUUACCGCCAACAUGCACGUACUGUCGCUUCCUAAUCAGCUCAAGUUUGUGCGGAACAUAACCGCAUGGGACAGCAUGAAACCUGCCUUCUACCAUGGACAUAUGGCUUUCCUAGACUUUUCAAAGUUCGGCAUGCCAUCGAAACCGCUGUACAUAAACCUUAUCCGGCAGCCGCUAGAUCGGCUAGUGUCGUACUACUACUUCCUGCGCUACGGGGACGACUAUCGCCCGUACCUCGUGCGCCACCGGGCCGGCGAUACGAUGACGUUCGACGAGUGUGUCGCCCGCCAGAAGCCCGACUGUGAUCCCACCAACAUGUGGCUGCAGAUUCCUUUCUUUUGCGGGCACCAUGCGGAGUGCUGGAACCCGGGCAGCAGCUGGGCCCUGGAGCAGGCAAAGCGCAACCUAGCGAACGACUACUUCCUGGUCGGGUUGACCGAGGAGAUGGACGAGUUUAUCGAGCUGCUGGAGCUUUCGCUGCCCCGCCUCUACCGUGGUGCGGUGACACACUUUCAAAAGUCAAACAAAUCGCACCUGCGCAAAACCAAGUCCAAGGUUGAGCCAGCCGCCGAAACGGUCGCGAAGAUCAAGGAAUCGACCGUGUGGCAGAUGGAGAACGAGCUGUACGAGUUUGCCCGCGAUCAGUUUCACUUCGUGCAGAAGAAGCUGCGGACGCCGGGCAGGAAUGUGAUGCAGGACUUUAUGUACGAGAAAAUUAAACCAAAUCCAAACGGUGCCGCCAAGAACUGAUACAGGAAUCGGGAUCCCGCCCGCAAGG